AUGAACAUCCGAAAAUAUAUUGUCUCACGCUUUACCACUCUUGUACCUCCUAUGAUUGUACCUGACAACCCGAUUACACUUCUCCGUAUGCUCAAUCGUCAGCAGACUGCCUUUUUUCUUGUCGCUCUCUCUGCAUGGACAUUGGAUGCGUUUGACUUCUUCGCGGUCACUCUCAAUGUCAUCGAAAUUGCGAAAACAUACAAUAAAACAGUGUCAGAUAUCACGUGGGGUAUUACAGUGACGCUCAUGCUUCGCUCUGUGGGUGCCAUUAUCUUCGGUAGUGCGGGCGAUCGAUUUGGACGCAAAUGGCCAUUCAUCGUUAACAUUGUUUUCUACGCGACAGUCGAAAUCGGUACAGGUUUCUGUAGAACAUACGCGGAGUUUCUCGGCGUUCGAGCUCUUUUCGGUGUGGCCAUGGGUGGCAUCUAUGGUAAUUGUGCUACUACAGCUCUUGAAGAUGCACCGAUUGCUGCGCGUGGUCUGUUAUCAGGUCUACUACAGCAAGGCUAUGCACUUGGCUACCUCCUUGCCGCUGCUUUAAAUAUGGCUAUUACGAAUAACCAACCGUACCGAUGGCGAGCACUUUUCUGGUUGGCAGGUGGUCUUCCACUACUUGUUGCUUUGUGGCGCAUCUUUCUACCAGAAACACAAACAUUUCUUCGUGUUAAAGAGGCACGAGCAGCUGGUACAAGCGUAGAUGGAGUUAAUCAUGAUGUUUCUGCAAUGCGAGCAUUCAUUGGUUCAAUUCGUCCUACACUAGUUCACCAUUGGCCAACUCUAAUCUAUCUCGUUCUGAUGAUGACCGGGUUCAACUUUUUAUCACAUGGCAGUCAAGAUUUAUAUCCAACAUUUCUUGGCUCACAGUUAAUGUUCUCGGGCGGUCUUGUUACUAUUGCCACAGUUGUCGCAAAUUGUGGUGCUAUCGUCGGUGGUACACUGAUUGGUUAUUUUUCGAGCUUCUUCGGUCGACGGCUAUCUAUUCUUGUUGUUCUUAUUGUUGGUGCUGCUCUCAUUCCGGCCUAUUUACUUCCAAAAGAUGCCAGCAUAAUGGCUGGUGCAUUCUUCCAACAACUUUGUGUACAAGGUGCUUGGGGUGUUGUGCCUAUUCAUCUCAUGGAACUUGCACCCGUACAGUUUCGUUCAUUUGCUGUCGGCACUUCCUAUCAACUCGGUAAUCUUAUCUCAUCAGCUUCAUCGACCAUCGAAGCGACAGUCGGACAACGCUUUCCUCUUCAUACAUCGAGCAACACUAGUGGCAAUCAUCAGUUUGAUUAUGGUAAAGUCAUGGCUAUUUUCUUAGCCUGUACUUAUUCAUAUUUGUUUAUCAUUAUUCUGUUUGGACCCGAAAAAAGAAAUAACAACAAUCUGACGGAAAGUGAUACUAACAAUGUAGAUGAUAGCAUAAAAGAAAACAAUCUACCAUCCGAAUUACCUCAAAUUCCUGAGUGCACAGAGACAACGACAACAACACAAACACACGUUUCAAGCUUAUGA